UUCCUGCCCAGCGCGCCGGCCGCCGCCGCCACGCCGGCCGAGCCCGACCAGCCGUACCUGAGCCCAGCGCUCGAGCACGGCGCCGGCCGCCGCGUCCACUUCGAGGUCCACGGCUGCCAAAUGAACGUCAACGACACGGAGGUGGCCUGGGCCGUGCUGCAGGAGGCCGGCUACGCGCGUGCCGGCGGCCUGCACGACGCCGACGUCGUGCUGCUCGUUACGUGCUCGAUCCGCGAGGGCGCCGAGCAGAAGAUCUGGAACAAGCUGGACAACUUCCGUCGUCUGAAGGCCAGUCGGAACUACGCCGGCGCGCAGUUCAAGGUGGGCGUGCUCGGCUGCAUGGCCGAGCGUCUCAAGCACCGGCUGCUGGAGGCGGAGGCGGGCGUGGACUUGGUGGCCGGGCCGGACAGCUACCGCCACCUGCCGCGCCUGCUGGCGCAGCCGACCGAGCACGGCGCCGCCGUGCACGUGCUGCUCUCGCUGGACGAGACGUACGCCGACGUGCGGCCGGUGCGGCUCGACCCGCACGCGCCGACCGCCUUCGUGACGGUGAUGCGAGGCUGCGACAACAUGUGCACGUACUGCAUCGUGCCGUUCACGCGCGGCCGCGAGCGCUCGCGUCCGCUGACCUCGGUCGUGGCCGAGGUGCGGCGGCUGGCGGCGCAAGGCGUGCGUGAGGUCACACUGCUCGGCCAGAACGUCAACAGCUACCGCGACCUCAGCGGCGGCGGCGGCUGCAGCGAGGAGACCCGGCUGGCGAGCGGCUUCUCCACCGUGUACCGGCCGCGCGCCGGCGGCACCCGCUUCGCCGAGCUGCUGUCGGCCGUGGCGGACGUGGACCCGGAGGUGCGCGUGCGUUUCACCUCGCCGCACCCCAAGGACUUCCCGGACGAGGUGCUGCGCGUGGUGGCCGAGCGUCCCAACGUCUGCAGCUGCCUCCACCUGCCGGCGCAGUCAGGCAGCUCGCGCGUGCUGGCCGCCAUGCGGCGCGGCUACACGCGCGAGGCGUACCUGGCGCUGGUGCGGCACGCGCGCCGCGCCGUGCCCGGCGUCGCCUUCACGUCAGACUUCAUCGCCGGCUUCUGCGGCGAAAGCGAGGCGGACUUCGAGGACACGCUGUCGCUGCUGCGAGAGGUGCGCUACCACUACUGCUACCUGUUCGCGUACAGCCGACGAGAAAAGACGCGCGCGCAUCACCGGCUCACCGACGACGUGCCGGCCGACGAGAAGCAGCGGCGCGUGGCGCGGCUGACGCGCCUCUACCGCGAGCUCGUGCUCGACGUCAACCGCGCCCAGCUGGGCCAGAGGCAGCUGGUGCUGCUGGAGCGGGCCAGCCGCCGCUCGCCACGCUUCCUCAUCGGCCGCAACGACGCCAACGUCAAGGUGAUCGUGCCGCGGGAGCACGGCACGCUGGCGCUGGCCGCCGGCCAGUACGCGGCCGUCGAGGUGGUCGACUGCAGCUCCGAGGUGCUACACGCCGUGCCGCUGGAGCGCACCACACUGCAAGAGUUCCACCGGCAGCACGGCGCGACGGUCUCCGCCGCCGUCGCCGCGUCCUGAGGCGACUGUUUCGGGCGGCGUUGUGGAG